AGUUUUGAUUUAAGAGUUUAUGGCUUCCAGUACUGCGUCCUCAAGCGCUUCUGUUGAUUACUCCCGUCUGAAGGAUCCUGAUUUGGAUGCAGUUGACUGGAUCAAUGCAAUGUUCCAGACGGGGUCAGCCAGCGGAGGAAGCACAGCGGCGACAGGAGCAGAACAGGAAGCGCUUGCCACCUCAGUUGUCAUGAAGCUGCAGCUAUACAUCCAGGAAGUGGAGAAGCACGUUCAGGAUGUUAUGCAAUCAGUGUCUGCAUCUGUCCCUCGAGUAGUGAGAGAUGUAGAGUCUUUACGUCAUGAGACUACGAUGUUACACAAUGAAAUGAGUCAUGUCUCAAAUGAAGUGGGAGUGCUGUGUACGGACACUAAAGAGUCCAUGCGAACUCUGGUCCAGCUGGACCUAGAACAUGACCGAAUCAGCCAAGUGUUGAAGUUCAUCCAGCAAGCAGAUAGUUGGAGCACUCUAACUCAACAGAUUGAGGACUGUUUUUUAGUGGACGAUAUCGCUGGAGUCUGCGAGAAAAUAGUUGCUCUCAAGGCGUGCGUGGAUGCAGCCAAACCAACUACUGGACAGAUGUCACAUGAGUUCGAAUCCAGAAAGUCUACUUUGGAUGCUCUGAAAAACAGAACAGAGACCAUGCUGUCCCCAAAAGUAAUCGAAGCAAUUGAUGCUAAUGACGUUGAUACGUUCGUGCACUAUAAGAAAAUAUUUGAGCUGAUUGAUCGAACGGAGGCUGUCUUCAAAUUCUACUAUCAUCACGAGAAGACACUGUUCCAAAAAACCUGGUCAGAAAUACACGCUGAAGGUUUCAAUGACAAAGUGUCAGAUCUGCUGACACUGUUGUUUGGCGACCUUCAAACUGAAGUUGAAAAACAACAAGAGUUCAUCAAUAAAGUUGCCGACAGUUCUAAACCUCAUAAAGCGACCAAUAAGUGUUCAAUGGGUAGUGUCAUUUGUGAAUUAGUAACUCAGUGCAUUUUGGCGUUGGAACCUUCAUUAACAGCUGUAGUGAAGCAAAGCUUAGCAAAUUUACACCCUAAAGACGUGCUUGUGUCUUUGAAAGACGUUCACAGCGUAGAGAAAACGUUUGUGGAAAAUAUUGAGCUGAUGGCUUCACAGAAAAGUGUAAGACUUGAGGCGGCAGUAUAUGCGAGUCUGGUUCCAAUACUGAUUAACUACAGUCGUUAUUUAAGCGAACAGCUGCUGCCUUCUUUAUCAACGUUUUCAUCGUACUCGGCAAAAGAUUUCCACCAAGUUUCAAACUUAAUCGAAGACUCGCGGCAAGUUGUUGAGCGAGCAGUUAAUGAUUCUCUUAAACUAUGCCAGAAGGUGAGCGGUGAUCUAGCUAUUUUGACGGUGGUUGAAGUUUUGGAGUCUCAAUUUUUCGUGUCUUACUUGAACAGUAUUAGUGAUGUCAUUAGAAAAGUGUCUAAACGUUUGGGUCUAACAAUUGAAACUCAAAAAAUUGACGCGGCCAGCUUGACAGACGGUACAAUCAAAUUGUCUGUCGUGGCGGAAGAUUGGACAAUGUUUCAGAACUCUGCGAAACUGACCCAAACCGUUGGUAGGAUCUGCAAUAACCUAGCUUCGCUCGAAUCUUCGAUUGUAGAUAAGCAUUUACUGGGAGAAAGUUUAACUAUCCUUCAUAAUAAGUCAUCAGGGAAUGAAAAUGAUAGUGACGUUGUUUUCAACUAUUUGAAAAUGUGGAAUUCGCAAGCUUGGGCCAAAUUACAAGAAUUUGUUAAGCUGGCUCAGAGCAGCAAAGAUUUGGUGUCGUUGUUUCCAAAAAGUAAGAAAGGAGUUCAAUCCUUAAUAGGGAAGUGUCAAAGGUUGGCCAUUAACUGUGUUUUGGAAUACCCAAAGCAACAGUUCACGACCAUGUUUAAAUUGAAUGAAUGGUGCAAGAUGUCAGAUCAAAGGCUAUCCAAGUUCAGCUUGUCGCCUUUGGAGUACAUCACGCGUGUUGGCCAAUACAUGAUGUCAUUGCCAGCUCAGCUUGAGGUGCUGGAAUCGGAUGCUGAGAUCCAGAAAGUGUUUUCAACUAACUACAUUACAGAUGGGACCCUGGGAGCAUUUAAAUUGGGCCAAGAUGAAACCCUCUGUGAACUGUGGUUGUCGGCUAUAGUUGAAGACAUGCUGCGAUUGUACCUAGAAGGCAUAAUGUCACUGGAAAUGCUAACCGAUGAAGGUGCCAGACAAAUGAGCACUGAUGUGAACUACCUUCAGAAUGUUUUGGAUGAUCUGGGGUUGAAACUGAGCGAUGAUCUGAGUUCGUAUCUGAAGCUACUUGACAGUCCAGUCAGCGAGUUGGCAAAAUUACAAAAUUCAGUACCGCAACGCUUGUUCAAUUGUGUGAAGUCGCAACGAAAGUAAAACUUGUUCGGCUCAGUACUUGGCCUUUAUUUGUAUAAAACUCACAAUUACAUAUCUUUAUAUUUAUGGAAAAUAAUGUAAAUUGGUUUGGAAAUCAAAUUAUUCUUGAAAGCCUUCACAAUUCAGUUUUAUUGAUGCA